AUGUCAAGUGAAUUAUAUUCCAUGGCCUCCAUCUCCUCCAUUGCUAAAAGGCUAGAGGGCAAAGUAGCAAUCAUAACAGGUGGUGCUAGUGGUAUUGGUGAAGCUACGACAAGACUUUUCACCAAACAUGGUGCAAAAGUUUUGAUUGCGGAUGUCCAAGACGAUCAAGGCCAAUCCAUCAUCAAAGAAAUAGGUGAAAAUAGAGAUGUCUCUUACGUACAUUGUGAUGUGAAAGUAGAAAAAGAUGUCAAGAAUGUAGUGGACAUGGCGAUUUCUAAGUACGGCAAGCUUGACAUAAUGUUCAGUAACGCUGGAGUUCCAGGACAACCAGAUACCACCAUCUUGAAAUCAGACUACGAAAAUUUCAAAAACGUAUUCGACGUGAACGUCUUCGGGGCAUUAAUGUGCGCGAAACACGCGACUCGUGUGAUGAUUCCACCCAAAAAAGGAAGCAUUAUUUUCACUUCAAGUAUCGCCUCGGUGACCUAUGGUGACGUGGCACACACGUAUUUGGCAUCGAAACACGCGAUAGUGGGGCUAGCAAAAAAUUUAGGUGUUGAAUUGGGAGAACAUGGAAUUAGGGUUAAUUGUGUUUCUCCAUUUGGUGUGGCAACUCCAAUGUUGAUGAAUGGUUUUGGAAUUCACGACAAAGAAAAAGUUGAGGAAUUUGUGUCACAAAUUUCAAACUUGAAAGGGACAAUUUUGGAGGGUGAGGAUGUUGCACAAGCAGCAUUGUACCUUGCUAGUGAUGAAUCAAAGUAUAUAAGUGGGAUGAAUAUAUUGAUUGAUGGUGGAUAUAGUACUACAAAUGUUGCUCUCAAACAAGGCAUUAGGAAGAUUGGUAGUCUUGAAUGA